UAAAAUUAUAGUUUUCUGCUUGUGCGAUAUUCAUAUGUAGAACAGAGGAAAAACAAAAAAAAACUUUAAUUUAUUUAAUAAAUACAAGAUUAUUAUGUCGAAUCACAGAGAGGCCAUCCAGAAGCAGAUCCAACAGGAUUGGGCGAAUCGUGAGUACAUCGAGGUCAUAACCGGCAGUAUUAAAAAGAUUACGGAUUUUCUCAAUUCCUUUGACAUGUCGUGCAGAUCUCGUCUGGCUGUUUUGAACGAAAAACUAACGACGCUGGAGCGCAAGAUUGAAUAUUUGGAGGCUUGUGUGACAAAAGGUGAAACGUUAACAUGAGACGCGGACUGACUUAAUUUAGGAUUAUUUUGGAAGAAAUAUAUUUUAUAACCCAUAUAAUCAUCUGCACUGUGUAUAUAUAGUAAUAUAAGCUUGGUAUUUUAAAGGUAAAGCUAUUAAGUAAAAUAAAAAUAUGAUCGAGUUAA